GUUCAAAACAACCGAAGAAGAAAAGCCCCCCCUCAGCUAAGGAAAAUGGCCGACGUUGAGAUGGACAUCGCGUCCACAAGAAUGAAUAAUGGCAACGAACACGUGUAAGUGAUUUAAUUUAAGAAGAAACGCUCCUAGUUAUAAGUCUGAUCUUUUCUUUGGCUAGAAUUAAAAUAGAGCAGUGAGGAAAGUUAGGACUACGGGUGUUAGCUGACUAGCAGCUUCACGCUGUAGCCUGGCUAGUCAACGGCUGGCUAACGCUAACUGUUAGCAUGUCUUAGCUAACGGUUGAAAACGGACUUGGCGGUCGUGCUCACUGCAGUUAGAGAAAAGUCGUCGAAGUUUACCGUUUUGGUGGUCUUUUGGGGUUUUUAACUUUAAUUACUCGCGUUAAUGCAGAUAAUUUCUCCAGUUUCUUGCUAAAUUCAGCACAUUACGUAAUCGCGGUUUACCUAAUGUCAGCCACAGAGCCAGCUGGUGUUUGUAGUCAUCCAACAGUUUUUUCCUUCAGGUGGUGGCUUAACCUGCCUAGAGAAAAAUGGUUAACACCACGAUUUUUGUUCACGUUACAUGUCACAUUAUGGAAGUGCUUCAUGUGAAGGGAGCUAAGUAGGUUCCACUACUGCACGGAGUUGUGGUUUUUUACAUGAUGCUGGAAGUUGCUGGUGCCCCGGUUGCCAUUGGUUACUGUGUUGUAGGAGAGGCAACAAAAGAGAGCCUCUGUACCAGCUCUGUGUCAACAACAGGGGACUGUUGGUGUUAUCAGCCAUCACUUUAGUUGGCCUUACAUCAUGAGUUGUAACCGUGGUGUAGUAAUUGUAUGGCUUUUUACAGCAAUACAUAAGCUGAUUUAAUGGGUGAUAACUCAUAUGAUAUUUAAUUUGUCAUUAAACGAAGACUUUGAAUUGUUUUAUCUAUUGAAAAAGGUCAGAGUUAUUCCACUCAAACCAACAGUUACUUGAAGGGAUAUUCCGGCGUAAAAUUAAUCUAGGGUCAAACACACUGCAACACCGAGUUAGACACCCGCAGAGGGAUGAAUGUUGCUGACUGCUUAUUUUUCUAGUUAUACCAACUUUAGUAACAACUGCAGGAUAAUAAUACACAGUGGUCUGAGGAGCCAUAAACAAACCUCAACCAAAACGCCACUCUAUAGCCACAAAUAAUGCUCAGAACGGCACCUAACUUCAUCAACAGUACAUAUAGGGUCCUAGCCAUAGUACUAUAGCCUGGCUGGGCAUUCCUGUUGCGUGAAUCACUUGAUGUUCCUUCCCACCAAGGUGGGAAUCACUUGAUGUUCCUUCCCACCUUGGUGGGAAGGAACAUCAAGUGAUUCACGCAACAGGAUGGCCCAGCCAGGCUAAUAGUACUAGCCACCAAACAUCUUUUUAACUUUGCCUAAUUUCUUUAGCAAAGAGACUAAACACAACUCACCUACUCUCUUCCAGCAGCCGCUUGUUUGUAACGAGACCUCUGCCCAAUCCAUUAAGGACUGCUGCAGGGUGACGCAGCUCAAGGAAGAACAUUUAUGAUCAUUUCUUCAUGGAAAUGCAAUCAGACCGAGAUGCUAAGGCAGAAGAACUACCACGUCUGCAGUGCAAAAUGAUUAAUAUGGUGAUUAUUACUUCAAGGAAAUGAUAAAGUAAUGAUCAUAAAUAUGUGGUCGUUACUAAAGUUGGUAUAACUGGAGAAUCAAGCGGUCGGCAACAUUCAUCUCUCGAGGGGUUGUCUAACUCGGUGUUGCAGUGUGUUUGACCCUAAAUUAAUUUUAUCCCGGAAUAUCCCUAUAAGUGAAAUUUACUUUAAACUCCUGUAAAAAGUGUCUGUUUGUGCCUCAUAUCUAUGCGUAUCUUGUGUAUUUCCUGUUUUGAAGCGUAAAAUAACAUUGUGGUUUUCCAACAGUCACUUACCAUGACAAUUUGCUGUGGAGGAAGUAAAUAUAAAAGUUUCCUUCUCCAUGGUACAAACUGCCUCAGCUGAUGCUGACACAUUGAAGCCCUUAAAGCCAUUACACAUUAAUAUAAAUAUUGUUAACCUUUUACUUCACUUUUCACCCCUGUUAUAAAUGCAUAAUAUGAACUUUGUAUUUAAAGUUUUCUUUCUUUCAAACAGGAAGCAGGAUCUAGAAAUCCAGGAACGAAGUGGAAAUGAAGACAGUGGAGACAUGUCUGAAGAAGAGGAGGAGGAGGAGGUAGGGAUGGACCACAACAACAUCGAAAUAUCUUCCGUGGUAUGAUGCCAUAGUUCCGAUGCACUUAUUACCCUAAACAAUUUAAAAUAAUCUCAGGCAGUCUAAUGUUUUGGCCACACAUGUAUUAAUUCUUGUGUCUCAAAUCAUCUUCAACCCCACAAAUAUAAAUAUGCAGUAGAAGUUAAUAAACAUCAAACAGCUGCUGCAAAACUGUGGCGCAUGAUUAAAUGUGAAUUUCAUUGUUGGUUACUCCACCAAAAAGUUGAAAUAAAAGGCAGAUAUAUAUGGAGAUACAACUUAGUUUGCUGUAAGUGUAUCUAUAAUAAGAGGUAAAGGAUUGUUGCUAUCUUCUACUUUAUUUUUGAAAAUGCGAAUUCAGGGAUGUAACCAGACUUAAUGAAGCUGAUAUUUUGCCCUGUUCCAGGAGGAGGCAGUGACUAACGGUGAGAAGACAGGAGAGGGGUCCAAACAUCACAGCGGCAGUGGGAAACACAAGAGGAAAAAACAUAAACAUCGUAGUAAGCACAAAAAACACAAACAUGCCUCUGACGAAGACAAGGAGCGCAAACGCAAACAUCGUCACAAACACAGGAAACACAAACGCAAAGAGGGCGCGUCUCCCUCGGGUGCUGUCCUCUUCGGCUCGUCCAGCCACAGAAAGAUGGAGUCUUCUCCCUCCUCUGGGAAUCCGAGUCUGGACGACAGGGCCCUGCUUGAGGAUUUGGAGAAACAGAGGGCCAUGAUAAAAGCUGAGCUGGACAGCCAGUUGAUGGAGGGCAAGGUCCAGUCAGGCAUGGGUUUAAUCCUUCAGGGUUACAACUCUGGAUCAGAGGAGGAUGGAGACGCUCGAGUCAGAAAUGGAGAACAGCGUCAAAGAGGCAGCUCAGGUAAACCCAUCUCUCCCAGGGGGGGAAAGAGCGGGAAAUCGAGACGGGACUCAACAGAGGGCAGCAAAUCCAACGCCAAGCGUCGCAGUCGGAGUAAAUCUGCAGAGAGGCCAGGUCAGACCAAGGAGUCUAAACAGGAUAAGGUCACCAAAACCACCAAGGACUCAAGUGUAAAAGACAGAGGCCGGGUCAGGAGCAGGUCAAAGGACCGAAAACGCUCAGAUAGUGCGGACAGGUCCAAGGAGAGAAGCAGGAAGUCCAACUCCCCUCCCAACUGGAGGGGAGAGCAGAAAAGCAGCCGCACUGAAAAACGGCCCUCACCUCAGCGGGAGGAUAGACCAAACCAGGACAGAGCCAGCCGCAGGUCCAGAUCACCCGGGAGAGAACGACCGGGUCGCUCAGAUGCUGACCGGGACAAACGGCCAGCAAAAUCCCCAUCCAAGGACGCGUCGUCGGGGAAAGAGAACCGCUCUCCUCAUCGCCGAGGGCCUCACAGCCCUGGAAGGAGACGCAGUGCUUCCCCUCGGCACCGAGAUGCCCACCAGCCCACAGCUACUGCCUCUGACAGGACGUCAAAACAAAGCCACUCACCAUCCAGAACACGGUCCCCCCAAAGGAGAGGCCGCAGUCGCUCACCUGACACCAGGAGGAGGGAUGCUGAUAGGCAGGACUCACCAUUUAGGUGAGUUCCAGUCUUUAUUUCUCUAACUUUUAUUGUAACUCACAGUAGAGGUGCACUAAGUAGUAAAUCACAGGCUGUAAGAAGAAGAAGAGGGUAGUUAUUAGGCAGUGGUUGUGUGCAAAAGAAUAUGUACUGAUGGUAAAAACUUGACAGAUGGAGGAUCAGCCUUGGAACCUGAACCAGGACAUAGUUAGGCUGAAUCCCAAUUCAUAACUCACAGGCUUAAAAAGUGUGUUUCUGGUGAAAGUUUGAGCAGUUUUUCUAUUAGACCUUGUUAGAAUUUGUAGUGGAGACAUGAAGGUGGCAUCAGGAGAAUGAUAAUACAGCCUGCAGAUAUGUGUGUACACAAGAGUACAUCAACUAGUUUGAACCAGAAAAACCUGGCUGGCAUGGAAAUGAUUGGAACAACUGAAAAUAGAUUUGCAUAUGUGUUACAACAUGUAGGUUAUCCUGGGUUCGAGUUACCUCGGAAGUCAGAUGUCAGAGCCAAAAGUGACGCCGCACCUGAGUUCCCAGCGUUUCAGCGACCAAGUCAGAAAAAAGCGAAAUUCAAAAUCGGAGGCAUGAAAAAAGAUGGCUACAUGAACAAAGUUAUUUUAGGAAAUUUUGAUCAUUUCCUCUAAGCCUUCAUCCUUUACCAUUGACAGGGUCUCAUGUCCGUCCCCAACAUCUUUAAGAUGGGUUCAGUGAGGGAAUGGGCUUGGAGAGGUGUGCAAGUUGUUGACUUCGUUAAAAAGUCAUCCAUCGUGGUAGUGGAACGCUUUUUACUUGCACUGUAACGGCAAAGCGUCACCAUUAUAGUCUGAUUACAUUCCAUCAAACACGAACAUGACAUCGUUUUUAUAUCGUAACUACAAACACGUAAGCUUCAAGGUAAAUGAAAUCAUCAAAUCGUCAGCCUUGCUAUUAACAUUUACACGUAAAGCUUCAGCUAUCUUGCUUACAAAUGUAUCCGGUAAUUUUAUUAGCAGCCAAUUAGCCAACUAGCUUACCGAGGAGACGGUCCUUCUCCGGCGUCCACUUCGUCAGCCAACCCGACGUGUUUUCUUCGUGCUGGUGCAUGGUAGUCGCGCCUUGCAGAUCUCGCAUUUCACGGACUUCCUCUCUGUAUUUGGUAGCAGCUCCCAAACACCGGAGCUACGUGUCCUGCUCGCAAUUGUUACCGAGUUGUACUGAAGUCCGACGCCGACUUGUAUGAGCUCUACUGCGCAGGUGCACACACAGCGGAGGCGAUGAGCGGAUGGUACCGCGGCACGUUCGAGCGAAAAAUGAAGCGAAAAAAAAAACGAUUACGUCGAUUAUUAAAACAGUUGUCGACCAUUUUGAUUGUCGAACAUCAACCGAUUAAUCGAAUUAAAGUGGCAGCCCCAGUUCCGUUUCCACAAAGUACUGACAUUAAUGGCAGUUCAGACUCUUGACAGUUUGCAAAGAUCUCACUUUGUAUUUAAAGACACAAUACCAAACUUCAGAGGGGUUAGGGUUAUCCAACUAUUUAUGGGUGUGUCAUGUUUCCAGAUAGCAUAUGAUGUAGUGAUUGUGUGUCUUACUCCUUGAUUUUAUUCCUUACGCUCUGUAGGACUCUGUCCCUGCACCUGUGAUGCCUUUUUAGAAGUUUUGAAGGUUUAGUGUUUUGGCUUUAGGGUGAAGGUUUGGAUUGGGCCUUGGAAUACUUAAAGAGAAUGAUCCCGUUGCUUGUAGACACCUUACCCAGCUGUCUUAUCAGUCUUUUUUUUUGUACACAGCAUGGUGAAUGAGAUUGCCCCAGAACUGGCUCAAGUUAUCAGAGUGAACAACACAAAAAGUUUCGUAGAUAUUUCAGAGUACUACUAAAGAAAAGCCCUGUCCUUGAAGUCCCUCUCUGGUUGAUGUAAAAAGUCUUCUUUAGCUCAUCUGUCCCCUGGUGUUUGUUCAGGAAACGUGUCCGGGCAGAUGCCGGUUCAGCCAGAGACAGGUCACGAGAGAUCAGUCCCAGAUCAUCCUCCCGCCGCAGGAUGAGUCGCUCACCUCUAAGACGAAGGUCCCCAUCACCACGACGACGGUCCCGCUCUUCCCCUCGCAGACGCUCUCCACUGGGACACAGGUAAUGGCUUUUAUUAGUCCCCUUUCAUUUGUCUCUGCUCAAGGCGCAGAAUUUUUCUCUGCACCUUUUGUCUCUUACGUAAUCAAAGACACACUCGGGCUUUCUAAUUUUAGUCACACAUUUGUCAUGUUUUUUUUUUUUCUUUUAAAGGAGUUGACUUUCAAAGUUCCUUCUUUUAUUUGAUGCCGACUUUCUCCCGUGUGAACUUUUAUAAGGUAGUAAAACAUUCUUCUUCGUCUUUGCAGGUCGGGGGAGAGAGACCGGUAUGGAAGGCUCCGACAGUACAGACGCUCCAUGUCCAGAGAUCGCGAGAGGAGGAGACGACGCAGCAGAGACGAGGACAAGUUCAAGGGCAGCCUGUCAGAGGGGAUGAAAGUGGACCAGGAGUCCUCGGAGGAAGAAGUGUAAGCAACAGUAGAUACCAGCAGGGAUGAUUCUGGUUCCUGAAGAACUGUGGAAAACUGAAGUGUAGAUUCAAAUCAGCGAGACACAAAAAGAAUCAAAACAACCUCUUUUAACAGCUAAGGGUGUGAUCUGAUUAAACUUUUCUUAUCUGACGUCGUCACAUCUUUUUUUAUUUGCUUACACAUGCAGACAUGGUGGCAGCAAGUGAAGGUUUUGCAGUUAUGGAUGCACUGCCAGUGUUUCCCACACAGAGACUGUACCUGGGCAGCGACUCUUAGCAUAUAUAAUGAUGAUGAUGAUUUCAACAUUUUUCUUCCACCCCAUAUAAAAUUGCCAUUCACUAUCUCUUUCCCUCUCCACUUCUCUCAUGUGUUGUCAGUACCUGAAUUUCUUGUUCAUGUUUGCAGGAUGGAGGACUUCGAUGGAGAGGAGGUAGACGAAGAGGCUCUCAUCGAACAGCGCCGCCAGCAGCGCAUGGCCAUCGUCCAGGUCUGUAUCCUGUCCUCUCAACCUAAACAUCCUGAUCUAUCUGUAAAAAAUAAUAGAACCCUCCAGAGUUAGUCUACUUCCAUACAGCUAACCUCUUCUUAAGUCAACAAUAGACUUAGUUUCACAUGGAUAUUCAGGGCUUGACAUGAAGGUCGUGUUCACACCUAAAGGUCAUGGAGCAUCGUGGGCAGAUUUUGCUUUUGCUACUCAUCUGGAGCGUGUAUCAAAAGACGCUAGUUGACAGCAGGGAUGGCAAGUCGAUUUAACCGCGCUGCUGUUGCUGUUACUGGUUAUGGAGAGUGAGAAGACACCGGUAGAUCUACAGUGAAUGUCCGUCAAAUAUCCAACCUAAAACUAACUUCACUAAUUUUUUUAAUGCGCACAUGUGCCCCUAAAUACAUUUUACAAUUCGCACACAUAUAUCUUCAGUCGCAAAUGUGAGUGAAACGGUCGCACUGUCGAGCCCUGAUUCUCAUUGACAAACCUUCCCUGUCUUCCUCCAGAAAUACAAGUUAGUGAAUGAAGACACUAACAUGGUGUCGGAGCCCAGCAGCCCUCAGAGCAGCACACGCAGCCGGUCCCCAUCCCCCGACGACAUCCUGGAGCGAGUAGCAGCAGACGUCAAGGAGUACGAACGCGAGAACCUCAACACCUUCGAGGCCAGCAUCAAGGCCAAGCACAACCUCAUCGCACAGGAGAAAGACGGUAAAUGCCCCCAGUCGAAGCCGCCUCUGUAUGUUGGCGUACAAGGCCAACUGAAUGAACCACGGUCAGAUGUGUGUUUGAAAGUCACCUGCAGGUGUAAACACAUCUGAUGUCAUGAAACAGGGUACAAGAUUAUCAUCUGUCUCUUGAUAUAUGCGCAGGAAUUCACAAGACUUCUGGCAAGCACACAGGUCAAACUUUAUCCUCUCACUUUUUAGAGGUUGAUGUGGCAGGAAGUCUUCAUGUCAUUGUCAUUCAGGGCUUUUCCUCCAUAUCAGAGCAUCAGAGGAUGAUCUCGUUACCUAUAAAGAGGACAUCAAUCAUGACCAGCUUCUGAUCCUGGUACAGGAAAAGGUCACGAAUAAAGUACAAUGAUGUUUUUCUGUGCAGGGGUUAUCUUGACCCAGGUAACCACAGAAUAUUGCGAUCUAUCAUCCCUUCAGUCUCACCUGUAACUUCAACCUUUCAGGCUGAAGAGGAGAGAAGUCAUCUCUGAGUGUGGAGGAGAUCAGGGCCUGAAAACAUAAAAGCAAAAUCAUCGUCUGAGAUUUCCGUCUUUGAUUUUUCUGAGAGAGCAAAUGGACAUUUUUCGUGUUCUGCAAAUUUUUUUUUCAGUGUAUUUUUAAGGUUCACUCAAGCCCAACUUAGUGCAUGUGGAGGAAUUCACAAAUAUGAAGGGGGAAGUUUUACCCCGGCCUGAAAAACACGGGGCUAUAAAUGUGCAGUAAUGUUGCCUCUCUUACCAGCCAAAAGAAAUCGGGCUUCAAACUCGAAUUGCAUUUGGGUGCUUGAUUUGUGUGAGAAACUUCAAAGUUGUGUGUGAUGCAGCCGUUGUAAUUUUCUUUCUUUCUGUCAUGUGUUCAUUCAGUUGCUGGCUUGUAAUCCAAAGCCUGGGUGUCUCUGCCACCUGCAGCAUAUUUUGAUCUCUGCAGAGUAUGUGAAUCAAACACAAGUACCAGAUAUUCUGUUUUACAACCUGUUUAAUGGAUCGAGACUCACCCCCCGCCUCGUUUUUGUUUCUUUCUUUUGUUCGUUUCAGGAGCGAACCCAAAGAAGCCUUCAGCCCCCGACAUGUUUACAGAGUCUGAUGACAUGUUUGCUGCUGACUUUGAUGUAAGGAAACCUGAAUGUAGGAUGUUGUUCUUUACCUUGAUGUUCCUCUCUGUUGUGAAUGCACUGAUCUUAUUUGCUUUGCUCCUGCAGAGUGCCAGAAUGAGAGCAGCAGGUGUAGGGAAAGACUUUAAGGAGAACCCCAACCUCAGGGACAACUGGACAGAUGCUGAGGGUUACUACCGUAAGUGCCGCCCAUUUAUCCUCUAUUUGUGUUCCAAAGUAGUUUUACACACGGAGUAAAAGCCUUUAUGGCUGUCAUCAUUUUGCCGCCUGUUGCGGUGAUUUAGGGGUGAACAUCGGGGAGACACUGGACAAGCGCUACGAUGUUUAUGGCUACACCGGCCAGGGUGUUUUCAGCAACGUGAUCAGAGCCAGGGACACUGCCAGGGCCGGCCAGGAGGUGGCAGUCAAGAUCAUCCGAAACAAUGAGCUCAUGUGAGUCAAACAGUUUAUCUAAAGAUGUUCAAAAACAAGUUUAGAAACCUAGAUUUAUUCUUUGAUCGACAAAAAUCCCUGAGAGUUUUUCUGAUUCUUUGUUUGACAGGCAGAAAACCGGGUUGAAAGAGUUAGAAUUCCUCAAGAAGCUGAAUGACGCUGAUCCAGAUGAUAAAUUCCACUGCCUUCGACUCUUCAGACACUUCUACCACAAGCAGCAUCUCUGUCUGGUGUUUGAGCCUCUCAGGUACAAAAGGAAAACACUCUUUUCCUGAAUUACUCAUCAUUCAUGUUGUCAGUCUGCUACUGUUUUAAGGGGUUUAAGCUUCACUCUCUGAUGCCGUGUCGUCUUCUCAUCUGUAGUAUGAAUUUGCGAGAGGUGUUGAAGAAAUACGGUAAAGAUGUCGGUCUCCACAUUAAGGCCGUGCGCUCCUACAGCCAGCAGCUCUUCUUGGCCCUCAAGCUCCUCAAACGCUGUAACAUCCUCCACGCUGACAUCAAACCAGACAACAUCCUGGUACGGUGGAAACUCUCAGUCCUGAUUUUACUUAUUUAAUUCAAAGACCGAUUAAAAAAUGCAUCCUGAAUCAUUUUUGUCUUUUAAAGGUGAACGAGUCAAAGACCAUUUUGAAGCUGUGUGACUUUGGUUCUGCGUCCCACGUUGCCGAUAACGACAUCACACCGUAUCUGGUCAGCAGAUUCUACAGAGCUCCAGAAAUCAGUGAGUUCCAUUGUUUCUAUCUCCCCUCGUAUCGGUCCAGUUCAAAAGAGACGACUUUGCUCACGAUUUUUUCUGCUUCAGUCAUAGGAAAGCCGUACGACUACGGCAUCGACAUGUGGUCUGUUGGCUGCACUUUAUACGAGCUUUACACAGGGAAAAUCCUCUUUCCUGGAUCUUCCAACAACCACAUGAUCAAACUAGCGAUGGACCUCAAGGGCAAGAUGCCCAACAAGGUACGAUUGCAUCACACAGUCUCAGUCCAGUCAGUGAUUGUUUCCCUUUUCCUGAAGAAGUGACUCCAUGCAGUGUUGUAGAGGUUGCAGCUGAUGUGUUGACGUGGUUAUCUUUGUUUUUCUUCCCCCUUAGAUGAUCCGGAAAGGCUUGUUCAAAGACCAGCACUUUGAUCAGAACUUGAACUUCCUGUACAUAGAAGUCGACAAAGUGACAGAAAGGGUAAGGGGUUUACCUUCCUCUUUAAUGUACAUCUUUUUUUUCUGAUGAAAGUUUUGGUUGCAGAAAACUUUAAAAAUGUUUAAAGUGUGAUUUUAUUUUGCGAUCAGACCCAUUUUUUGUUGUCUGCAAAUCAUUUAAACCAUAAAUUCAAUCAAAAAUAGAGCAAAGAUAAUGCUCCAGCCAUGAUUUUAGGGCCCCGAAGUGACACUACAUUAAGAACAGACAUGACUCUGAAGUAGAAGUCGUCGCAUGGGCUCAAAACCCCAAAUUGUAUCACAAUUCUAACCAUUCUAUUUGAAAAUCGUGGACCCUGAGGGGGACCACCUUGUUUUUUAUCAGCGUUCAACUCGAAAGCCAUCAUCUGCAGUGUUAAAGUGCUAAUGAUGUGGGUAUCUUACACAUCUGGAAGAGCACAGACGAUGCUGAACGGUAUAUUGCCAGCUUCGGAGCACCAUAUGCUUCCAUUCAGACGACGCUCUGUUAAAGGAAGGACGAUGCCAAAACCACAAUCUGCACAGAUUAAAGCAGCAUGGCUCAGCCGUGAAGGAGUCUGCUGCUAAUCUUGCCUACCUGCCGUCCUGACUGCAUCAUAAAAUGAAAAAUACAACAAAAGAGACCCUUAACCGUGGAGCAGCUGAAAUCCUACUCCAGGCAAGACUGGGAUGAUGUUCUACUUUCAAAACUCCAGACGCUGAUCUUCUCGGUUUCCAAACACCUAUGAAGUGUUGUUGAAAAAGGAGGUGAUGCAACAUGAUGGUAAACAUGCCCUGUCUCAACUUUUCUGAGAGUUGUUGCCGGCAUCAAACUUUAACCAUACAUUGUUUCAGUUUCAGCUCUUGGAAUGUUAUUUCUGUUCUGUUGUCAGGUGAAAAUGGGAUUAAAACGAUUUGCAGGCAUUAAAUAGAGUGAAAAUGUACUUGUACUACAACAGCAGUAUUUUAAUAACUGUUUUUUUUUGUUCCUCUGUCCAACAGGAGAAGGUGACGGUGAUGAGCACCAUCAACCCCACCAAAGACCUGCUGGCGGACAUGAUCGGAGGCCAGCGCCUGCCCGAGGACCAGAGGAAGAAGGUGAUGCAGCUGAAGGACCUGCUGGACGGCACCCUGAUGCUGGACCCGGCCAAACGCAUCAGCAUCAACCAGGCCCUGCAGCACCCUUUCAUCCAGGAGAAGAUCUGAGACCCCGAACGCCACACACACACUCCCAGAGCAGACAGAGAACCAACCACUAAACCAGCUCUGACCGGAACUCUGCAGCGAAGCAGCCAACCCACAGACUUCUACUCAGAAUGUCAUGAUUUUUUUUUUGUUCCUCCUCAAGUUUAUUUUCUUUCUGAAGACAUAAUUGUGUUUUAUUGUAAAUAGAUCAUCGAGAUGGUAGCCAUUCUUGAAGACACUGAUUUUGCAAAAACAUCAUUGUAAACUUCCCCCUCUCAUACCCAGCAAUGCAGUUACAGACUUUUCUUUUUUUAUUUAACUGGCAUUGAAGUAACAGAUGUUUUAAAGAAAAACUAUAAUUCCUGUAAAUACUGUAUGUCUAUUGCAUUAACAAUCUCGAGCAGCAGACGGAGAAGUUUUGUUGUAGUUGCAGAUGUCUAAAAAGAAAAAAACAUCAUUCAUUUUAAUCCACAAUUGUCAUUGUGGGGCGACGCAUGCUUUUGAAUGUGCACUCCUUUUGUGCGCUCUAUCUGUGGUGCAGGCCUGUAAAUGCUCUGUAUGUGCAUCAGUGUCCCACAUGUGGCUGCAACUCCAACCCUUCCUUAAAUUCUGCAGGCGUGACGUCUGAACUGAAGGUAAAGAUGCAUAUGAAAUACUUCUGGAACAAUACUUUUUUCUUUAAAGCAGGUAGUCAUUGUUUUCUGUUGCUGGAUAUUUCCAUAUUGUUGAUUUUUUUUUUUUUAACCUUUCCCCCCUUUAGCACUCUGGCUCGGUCCUGGCUCUGUAAGGCUCUCACAUUUAAGUGCCUCCUGUACGAGCCUAGUGUGUUACAACACCAAACAAUGCUGACCUAAUGAAGCCACACCUUGACCCUCCUCUCUCCCAUUGUUGUAUAUAGUCCACAGUUAGUGUCAGUUCAUGUGUGAUUAUUUUUUUUUCCAUUAAGUGGUAAAAAAACGAUCUCGUGAUUUCAAUAAAGAAUAGUUGUGGAAACGCUGCUGAAAGAGCACCUUCAGUAUAAGACUUUUUAGUAAUAAAAUGUUUCCUAUUAUAUACAAAAAAAAAA